CCGUCCGUUCAUUAAGUCGUCUACAGAUUCCGGAAGACGCUUCUGGAAGACGUCUACCGCCUGUUCAUUAAGUCGUCUACAGAUUCCGGAAGACGCUUCUGGAAGAUGGCUACCGCCUGUUCAUUAAGUCGUCUACUGCUUCCGGAAGAAACUUCUGUAAGACGUCUGCCGCCCGUUCGUAAACCCGCCUCUACCGCUUCCGGAAGAACUCUUCUGGAAGACGACCUACCGCACCCCCUGUUCAUAAAGCCCCCUUCUACCCAUUCCGGAAGACUUCUACAGUCGUGACUUCCGGAAGACGCUUCUGGAAGACGUCUACCGCCCGUUCAUUAAUUCCUCUACAGAUUCCGGAAGACCCUUCUGGAAGAUGGCUACCGCCUGUUCAUUAAGUCGUCUACUGCUUCCGGAAGAAACUUCUGUAAGACGUCUGCCGCCCGUUCGUAAACCCGCCUCUACCGCUUCCGGAAGAACUCUUCUGGAAGAAGACCUACCGCCCCCCCCGUUCAUAAAGCCCCCUUCUACCCAUUCCGGAAGACGUCUACAGUCGUGACUUCCGGAAGAAGCUUCUGGAAGAUGUCUACCGCCUGUUCAUUAAGUCGUCUACAGAUUCCGGUAGACGCUUCUGGAAGACGUCUACCGCCUGUUCAUUAAGUCGUCUACAGAUUCCGGAAGACGCUUCUGGAAGAUGUCUACUGUCCGUUCAUUAAGUCGUCAACUGCUUCCGGAAGAGACUUCUGGAAGAUCUUUCAAGUUCGUUCGUUAAGUCGUCUACAGAUUCCGGAAGACGCUUCUGGAAGACGUCUACCGUCUGUUCAUUAAUUCCUCUACAGAUUCCUGAAGACUCUUCUGGAAGACGUCUACCGUCUAUACAUUAAAUCGUCUACUGCUUCCGGAAGAGACUUCUGGAAGACGUCUACCGUCCGUUCAUUUAUUCCUCUACUGCUUCCGGAAGACUCUUCUGGAAGACGACCUACCGCCCCCCCCGUUCAUAAAGCCCCCUUCUACCCAUUCCGGAAGACGUCUACAGUCGUGACUUCCGGAAGAAGCUUCUGGAAGAUGUCUACCGCCUGUUCAUUAAGUCGUCUACAGAUUCCGGUAGACGCUUCUGGAAGACGUCUACCGCCUGUUCAUUAAGUCGUCUACAGAUUCCGGAAGACGCUUCUGGAAGAUGUCUACUGUCCGUUCAUUAAGUCGUCAACUGCUUCCGGAAGAGACUUCUGGAAGAUCUUUCAAGUUCGUUCGUUAAGUCGUCUACAGAUUCCGGAAGACGCUUCUGGAAGACGUCUACCGUCUGUUCAUUAAUUCCUCUACAGAUUCCUGAAGACUCUUCUGGAAGACGUCUACCGUCUAUACAUUAAAUCGUCUACUGCUUCCGGAAGAGACUUCUGGAAGACGUCUGCCGCCCGUUCGUAAACCCGCCUCUACCGCUUCCGGAAGAUCUCUUCUGGAAGACGACCUACCGCCCCCCCCUGUUCAUAAAGCCCCCUUCUACCCAUUCCGGAAGACGUCUACAGUCGUAACUUCCGGAAGACGCUUCUGGAAGACGUCUACCGCCUGUUCAUUAAGUCGUCUACAGAUUCCGGAAGGCUCUUCUGGAAGACGUCUACCGUCUAUACAUUAAAUCAUCUACUGCUUCCGGAAGAGACUUCUGGAAGACGUCUACCGUCCGUUCAUUUAUUCCUCUACUGCUUCCGGAAGUCUCUUUUGGAAGACGACCUACCGCCCCCCAGUUCAUAAAGCCCCCUUCUACCCAUUCCGGAAGACGUCUACAGUCGUGACUUCCGGAAGACGCUUCUGGAAGACGUCUACCGCCUGUUCAUUAAUUCGUCUACAGAUUUCCGAAGACGCUUCUGGAAGAUUUCUACCGUCCGUUCAUUAAUUCCUCUACAGGUUCCGGAAGACGCUUCUGGAGGAUUUCUACCGCCUGUUCAUAAACUACGCUACCGAUUCCGUAAGUUCGCUUCUGGAAGACGUCUACCGCCCAGUUCAUAGAGCCCAUCUACUCCUUCCGGAAGAGUCUUCUGGAAGAAGUCUACCGUCUGUUCAUUAAUCCCUCUACAUAUUCCGGAAGAAAAUUCUGGAAGAUAUCUACCGUCCGUUCAUUAAUUCUUCUACAGAUUCCGGAAGAGGCUUCUGGAAGAUCUCUACCGUCCGUUCAUUAAGUCCUCUACAGAUUCCGGAAGACGCUUCUAGAAGAUGUAUACCGUCCGUUCAUUAAUUCGUCUACAGAUUCCGGAAGACGCUUCUAGAAGAUGUCUACCGUCCGUUCAUUAAAUAUACUACAGAUUCCGGAAGAGUCUUCUGGAAGACGUCUACCGCCCGUUCAUAAACCCCCUUCAUCACCCCCUCUUCCGGUAGAUUCUUCAACUACCGGAAGCCGGCGUUGCCAUGGAAGCGAGCCGGCGCGUCCCGUUGCCACGGCAACAGCGACACCGCUCCACCUGAGGCCAAGCUUUAGAACCAGCCGCCCUCUCUCUUACUCUGUGAUUAAAAUCUUUAACUCUCUUAAACUUUCUCUCUCUUAUCUCUCCUGUCUCUCUCUUGUCUCUGUCUGUCUCUCUCUCUUAUCUCUGUCUGUCUCGUCUCUUCAACUCGAGUCGUCAGCCUGCGUGAGAUGUCGGACUCAGGCGAGGAGCAGGAUGAGUUCGCCGAGCUAGGCCCCAGCAUUGGGGAAUAUGAGGGAGGCCGUAACGACCUGGGAGAGAGACACGGCAAGGGCCGUGCGCUGCUGCCCAACGGAGACAAAUACGAGGGAGACUACGUGGUGGGACAGAGACACGGACAGGGUUCGUAUCGCUUCAAGAGUGGAGCUCACUACAGUGGGGACUACCAGCAGGGCCGCAAGCACGGAUAUGGAGCCUUCCACUAUCCUGACGGCUCUCACUACCAGGGUCACUGGGUAGAGGAUGAGCGUGAGGGGCACGGCGUUUACACUUACAGCAAUGGUGACGUCUACCAGGGUGAGUGGAGACAUCAUCAGAGGUGAGUGGCAGUGGUGAGUGGGUGGGUGAGUGAGUGAG